UGAAUCCUGCUUUUGGCUUGGAGUAUGAUCUUUGCUAACAACUUUGUGUUGUUAGCACUAAGUGUGAAGGAAGCACCACUAAAGAAGAGAUACUUUUUCAGAUGAUGAAAAAAAUCUCACUUAAGAAUGAAUUUCAUGAAUCAAGACCUGGAGAAAUUAAAGAAUCUCAGGAGGAUUUUGUUGAUGAUCCAUCACUUCAAAUUCAGAUUGCUCUAGUCUUUGGUGCCAAAGUUCUGGAACAUGUCCUCAGUCUCUGCCAAGGUAACUAUGACUUCCUGAAACAGCUUCCUGCCCCAUUGCUCCUGUACAUCAUUUCCUUUCUGGAGCUUGAAGAUAUUGUUGGGCUUUCUAAAGUUUCAUGAAGACUAGAAAUGUGU